CCAACAGCCGGUGAAAUGUCGCUCAUGUUACGUCAUUAAACUUCGGCGAUGAAGUUAGUUUUAGUGCUGAGGUGUAACAACGAAAUGGAUUACGGAGGAGUCAACGGAACGAGAUGCCAGUUUGAAGAAAACGCGAUACGUCAGAAUUCCUGCAGAAGUGGGUGUGGAGCCGUGUAUGGAACUCCGAGAGACAGGCUCUCAAACAAAUGCCUUCUCUUCAUCAGUGAGGAAGGUCGCCACACCGCGGUGUGCGCGAGAGUCCUCACCAGGCAGCACAUUAUCAAAUCCUCGGUCUCCAUGUUCGAGGUUUCAUCUCUGACCCGGCAGCUCAGUGGUCGCAAAGAAAGUAAGAAAGCAGGUAUUCAUAGAAUUUGCUGUCUGAUGCAGGUCGAACAGAGGGGGAAACUGCGUGUGUCCAUGUGGCCAGAAUAACAGCGGGGACAUUCUCAAGCAAAUAGCAGAAUACACUGGACAUUGUCUGGCUAAUGUAAUUGAAUGCGCGCCGUCUUAACUCUC